AUGCCCCGAGGAACACGAGAUGACCCUCACGUCCUCUGCAUCAUCGGCAAGACGGGCAUCGGAAAGUCAACUCUCUGCUGUUGGCUUGCGGAUUCCUGCGACACCACCGUCUAUAUGGUCUCGCACGGCAAAGAAGCAGGGACAGCUGAUGUUGGCGAAUCGAGUCAUCCGGUCAAGUACUUCGGUGGCCACCUCUGCGGUCCGGAUUUUGGGGAUGGCUCAAACCACUCUGAGAUGCAUAUUCGCCUCAUUGAUGUGCCUGGGCUCGGGGGCAAUGUGCCGAACAAGUCGGACGGAGAUAUUCUUCGUGAGUUCAAGCAAUACUUGCUCAGCAAAUGCCAAGAGGUCAGUGCCUUCCUUUGGUUGGAGGAGCCAAAUGUAAGGCAGGAUACGAACAGACAGCGCAUGAUGACGGACUACAUUGAGUUUCUCGGCCCCGAGGCUUUGCAACGUCUGGGCGUAGUCUGCAAUAAAGCGCCGGGUACCUUGCAGGCCCAGGUGGAGGAUGAGGAUGAGAAUCAGGAUGCUGAGGAGAGCCUGGAAAAAUUCAGCAACAGCUUUAAACAGAUGCUAUGCCAGGACAUUAUCAAGAACGAUCCGAAGGUUACCGACUGGGUGAGCAACAUCCCGGUGUACGACCUCAACUUGCUCCCCAUCGACUCGGUUGCGAAGCGCGGCUGCAGCUCUCCCAGCGAGUUUGUGAAGAAGAAGCGCCUGAACCUCAGCCGCAACAUUCAAAACCUGGCCAAAAUAGCUCAGUUUGUAUGCAGCCGUGUACCGCUGCAAAUCGAGCAGAUCUCCGCUAGCAUCGGCCUCGACGGCUUUGAUGUGAUGCUGAUCAUAGGGUGGCCAUGCAGGCGCCUGACCCGGAAAGCCUCCCGAAGGUAUUCCGAGUUCCGCGCGAUGGUGAUGGCCGACCUUCCUGAGAUCGAUGAAAACUCGGUCGUGAUGUCGUACGUCUUGGAAGGGAGCAAGCCCAAACAGGUAGACGACGAUCGCAGCCUGCGAGUGAUGCUGGAAGAUUUUGACAAGCUGAAUCUUGAACAGAGGGAGCUGUGCGUAACAGUCAAUCAGACGGACGUCAAUGCUACCAUCUACGACCUCCAACAUCCCUACUCCAGCAAGGACACUGCGAACAAGUUCAACGUUGCAAUGACGGUUUCCUCGUCGACAACAGACGCUCAUGUUCGUUCACACCUGGAAACGAAAAUGGCUGUUGAGCAAGGUUCCGAGAUUCGCUUCUCCUGUGAACAUGGGACCUUUGUGAGCAUCAAGGACUUCUACCGGCACGUCCAAACCAGCGAGCAUGGGGGCCCGGUGUCAUCCACCCCGCAAGCCAUUGCGACUGCCGAAGUCCCAGCUCGGGGGCCAAAGGCCAAGAUCACAUUGGAUAUCGAAGUGCGAAAGCCAGAUCCUCCCGAGUUGAGCAGGAUGAGCCCAGAGCUGCAGCAGCAUCUCAAGUCGAAAAACCUGGUGGCCCUUGCGCCCGCGCUUGCCCAGGAUGGGAUCGAGCGCCCGUGCCAGCUUGCGGGCCGACACAUGAAAAAUGGAGUUCCGGAUCUUCCGGCUGUGGACAAAGCGCUGCAAGAUUCAGGAAAUAAAAGCGCACUGUUGGGAUCGCUACAAGAACUCAAGCUCCAAGUUGAGCAGGAGCAGGACGCCAAGCUACACGAGAAGGCCACGGCGAAGCAACAGGAGGCGAGCGCUGAGUCGAGCAAGAAGUUUGAGGAGAUGAAGAAGAAUUGCAAGGAAAUCGUGAAAGCGGCUGAGACGCAGGCAAAAGCCAACAGGAACAACGAGGCGAAGAUAGUGAGGGAGACUGCGUCCGCUCUCAUAAAGGAGAUGCAAAGUUUGAACUUGCCCAAGCUCGACGACUUCCAAAAUGCCAGAGAUGUGAAGUCGCUUGAGAGCAUGCUGAUGAUGAAAAGCGACCUGUCGCAUGUCCCAAAAAACAGGAGCACAGCUGAACUUGUAAGCCUCGCCAACAUGCAGAACGGAGUUUACCUCGACCCCUUGAAACUCGAAACCUCGAUGUGGAAGUCGACGAAGGUGGUCCGUUGGGCCAGCGGAACUACUCCAGAUGACCUGGCCAGUUGCUUCAGGUAUACAUCGCUGUAUGCCAAAUGCUACACGUCUGAGAUCAUGACUGAACAGCAGUUCAAGAAGGCUUGGUCUCAUCGCGAGCGGCAUGGUGCCGACUUUGGUUUCCACGCAGGUUUCCAAGCCGCAGCCAACCUGGGCUGCUUCGCCAUGGGCGCAAAUAUCUCGGCAGCCAAGGAGGACAUCGAAGAGAACGAGAGGGCCAGUGGAAAGAAGGAGACCACCUGGUGCAUGAUGAGCCAUAGCGAACUUCCCCAGCUCAGGAUUGUGAUUGACUAUCAGCUCUUUGAACUCUCUCCAUCGGCUGCCAGCGAUCUCGGGGCAGUUGACGGGAAGGUAGACACGAGCGAAGAGGAUCUGGCAAUCAUGCGUUUUUAUCACAGAUGGGGAACCCACGUGUCCCUCGACGUGACUUUGGGCAUUGAGCGUGUGCUCAUUGCAAAGUACGCGAUGUGUGGUGAGAAGACCAGCAACGAUUGGAGAAAAGCGCUGGUCAAUUCGCUUGCGUUUGGUGGGUCGGCUUCGCUAGAAUUGUCUGGAACGAGAGGUUCAGCGUCCGCUUCCGCAGGCAUGGACAAGCACUCGGAGAACGCGACAGCCUCUGCUGAGAAGCAGGCUACCCAGGCUGAGUCCAGUGAGGUUACCUUCGACAAGAGGCUCCGGGCAGCUGAAAGUUCUGACCUCCUACAUGUGAGUGACUUGGAGCUGGCGGUGAGGGCCUCGCAAAGCAACGCUGCUUGGACAGUGUUGACUCGCAAUUACUCGGACGAUGCCCUUGCUCCGAUUUGGCAGAUAGCUGGGCAGAUGCCUCAAUUCUCAACGAAGCCGAAGCUUCUUCAAGCCAUGGAGCGGGUCUAUGUGCAACAGGUGCUCCGACUCGGAGAGCUCUGGGUGAUACAGAAGGGGGACUCAGACCCAAAUGCUUUCAAAGCAGCCGAAGAAAAAAUAAAGCAGUACAAGGCGAUGAACAAUCCGGACAUGGGCGCCUUCCUGAGAGACAUGCACGAUAAAGCAAAGGACCGCUGGGCGUCGAGCAAAGUGGAGACAUGCCGCAACUGUGGGUUGCUCCUCUCCGCCUCCAAGCUUGAAGAUCACGAAAGGGAAGACUGCAUCAUGCGGUAUGUCCGAUGCACAGCCGAGAACGGCUUCUACGGCUGCGAUGAGAUGGUCAAGCAACAGCAGCUUAGCCACCACAGAGGGAGCACAUGCGCCCGCCGGCCACAGGCGUGCGAGCAUUGCCAGGUGGAAGUGGCGUUGAAGGACAUUCCGCACCACGUUCUGCACAUGUGCGAGCAGGCAAUGUUGGAUUGCGAGAACAACUUUCGCGGGUGCCAGCAGAAAGUCCGCCGCAAAGACUUCCCAAAGCACAGGAUGGUUUGCGAUUUCCAGGAGACGCAAUGCCUUCGUUGUGGUCAGACGGAUGUGCUGCGAAAAGACCUGGCCGAGCAUGCAAAGCAGUGCGAUUCGCGCCCGGAGCCGUGCGACUUGUGUGGACAGGAGGUGCUGUUCCGAAACAUGGGGCAGCACAAGGCCCAGCAGUGUGACCACCGGAUGGUCGCUUGUCGCGACUGCGGCGUGGGGCACAAGAAGGUGGAUCAGGAUGCCCAUAAAGUUGUUUGCGGUGCGAUACCUCUUACUUGCAAUUGGUGCAACGAGAGCGUGCCUCGACAAGAUCUAGCCGGGCACAAGGAAAAAGACUGCAGCAUGGCCCCGACAGAUUGCCCAAUGUGCGAGGACAGGCUUCCAAGGUGCCAACUUGCGGCCCACAAAAGGGAUGAAUGUCCAAAUCGGGAAGAGACGUGCGAUGAAUGCGGCGAGAAGUUCAAGUUCCGGGAGAAAGCAAUGCAUCGGCGGUCGUGCCUUCAGCGGGAGGUGAAGUGCGACAAGUGCAACAAGACGAUGCCACACUCGCGUCGCACAGCUCAUGAUGAAGCGCACAAGAAGAUGGUCCGCAGGAUCCAUGCAAUGAUGGGCUGGUACGUUGAUACCAUCACCUUCUCUUACUGCAAUGGAACUUCGAAAGGUUUUGGCGGCGAAAAAGACCAUGGGAAUAAAGCCAAGAUCUUCGAACUCAACGAAGAUGAGCACAUCACUAUGGUGAGCUGCUACGGUAGGGAUAAAUAUCUCGAGGCGAUCACCUUCGAAACGAACAAAAGACGCAGAGUCGAUUUCACACCGGAAGGAUGGAAACGAGCACCUGCGGCCCAUGUGUUCACCGCUCGGACUGGUCAAGCAAUCACCAGCCUGCAGCGUAACAUGGGCAUGGCUGGCCUGGUCACAGGUGUUGAAGAAACGGAGCUCCCCCAGUGA